CAUUAAUCCGGGUCAUAUGAGUAUUAUCGGUUCGUUGCGUUUUAGUAUUUUCGCGCUCGAAACUCAGAACGAAUCACAAAAAAAAGCCCUAAUUUCAUCGAUUUCCUUUCAAUUGAGCGAUAAAGAACCCUAAUUUCAGUUCCAAAUUGCUCCCGGAACGUAGAAAAUCCCACAAUUUGCAAUAAUAGAUGAUCCCCCAAUUUCUUAGGUCGUCAAAAGCCCUAAUUUCGUGAUCAAUUGAAAUCAAAGAUGGACGCAAAAGACAUACUGGGAUUACCAAAAAAUGCAUUGCCAUUAUCUCAGGAGAAGAAGUCCAAGCCUCCCAAAGAACCUCAGAGGAAGCCCGAUGGCAUUUCUCGAGAAGUGUAUAUGCUUACUGGAGGAGUUCCACCUCUUAUGCCUGCAAUUGAUACCUCUCAACUCAAGAGACGUCCCCCAACUGAUGAGAAGGUUACCUGGCAAUGGCUUUCAUUCUCAAAUUCAGCUCGGAAAGAUGAUUUAAAGCUCUACCACUGGGUCAGAGUUGUAAAUGGUGUGCCGCCAACGGGGGAUUACCCUUUCGCCAAAUAUAAUAAGUCAGUUGAUGUUAUCAAAUACACAGACGAGGAGUACGAGAACUACUUGACAAAUCCUAAAUGGAGUAAGGAAGAGACAGACACCUUGUUCGAGUUGUGUGAGAGGUUCGAUCUCCGCUUCGUCUUAAUAGCUGAUAGGUUUCCAUCAUCUCGGACUGUGGAGGAGUUGAAGGAUCGGUAUUAUUGUGUGACUAGAGCAAUACUGAUUGCUAGAGCUCCAUCUCCUGCUGAUGUAUCUGCGCAUCAAUUGAUAAAGGAACCAUACAAUGUCAAACAAGAGACUGAGCGCAAGCGUGCUUUGUCAAUGGUCCUUUCUCAAACAAAAUAUCAAGAACGCAAGGAUGUUGAGGUUCUUGCUGAAGCUAAAAGAAUCCAUGAGUCACGUAUAUUGGCUAAGAGUGCAGAGGAGCCAGAGGUACCAUCAACAUCAGAUGUUGGCACAGAAAAUGCUGAUCGAACUGUUCUUCCUGGCUCUGUAUCACCUGUCUCUGGAGCUGCGACUGCUGUAGCAGAUAAUGCUACUACCCUGGCUUCUCUUCGCAUGAUGCGCGUGUACUUGAGGACGUAUGCUCUUGACCAAAUGGUGCAGGCUGUUAGCGCUUCUGCUGGCCUCAGAACCAUCAAGCGUGUUGAGCAGACUUUGCAAGAUCUCGGGGUAAAUUUGAAGCCCAAGGUUCCAACAAAAUCUGUAUGUGGCGAACAUCUUGAAUUGAGAAAGGAGAUCCUUACUUUACUGAAUCUUCAAAAGCAGUUGCAGUACAAGGAGGCAGAGGGUUCUUCUUAUCGCGAGGGAUCAUAUAACACUGACACUCCAGAAACCCCUAAGCGCUCCCAUCGUGCUGGGGAACAGGACCGUCCUUUUGUUCCCGAGCCUUCAAGUUUUGGAGGGGAUAGAAUCGGCAAAAGGGACCAGAAAAGAAAGGGGCCUGGAAGAUCAUCAGAUGCUCCAUCUUCACCGGCAACCAAAAGGGCUCGGAAGUUGAAAGCAGAUGGAUGAUUGCAAUGCCAUGUUUUAUUUAAAUUAGGGGCUUUAGUUUUUUGAUGGUUGUAAUCUGUCACUCAUUAAUAUUUAUUUCCCUCUUUGUACCACAAACUCAUUUGUAUCUUUUUUAGGGGGAAAUUCAUCUGUAUCUUACUACUUGCAUUAAAGAAAUUCAAUGUUUUCUGUUCAUAAAAGACUUGUCUAUGUCACAUUGUUACCUUUAUACGAGGUACAUCAUGAGUAAUUUUGAAGGGAUAAUUACAGGUCUGAAUAAUAUUGCUUACUCAAUUGACGACUUA